GGCGUAUAGAAAAUAACUGCCAAGGAAAAAGGAAGUGACCUGCAACGAUUUAUCAUUAUGACUUUGGGCUUAGCAGGCUCGCCGAAAACUGUCGAAGUGACACUCAAUGUGUUUUCGGGAAUGCCCGAUCCCGUGUUCGUUGUUCACUCAAAUGACGACAAUUAUGACGCCAUAGUGCAGAAGGCUAGCGAGCAGAGUACCAAAUUGCCAUCAGUCCUUGGCUAUAAAGGCUUUACCAUAAAGGAAUACCAUGGGUCUACGGUGUCCAGAUCCAGCACUGUGGGUCGAUGCACACGUCCAGACUUUGAACUUCUAUUGCUGAACACCAUUACUGGAAAGGUUCCGAAAGGCGAAGAUCAAACUAUCGACAAUUACCUAUUGAAUCACGCAAAACUCGACAUCCAAAAUUUCACCAGUUGAACCUACGCUCGAAUGACAGAAAAAUUGAGUAUAAUAAUCCAAAUGCAAAAAUUGUUAGUCAAAUGUUCUGAACAUCAAAUGACACUCACGUUCAAAUAUUUUGUUUAGUAUGAACUUCAGCUGGGAUCAUAUUCAUUAAGCAACUAAGAUUGAACUAAAAUAUAAGAAACUAGAAACUAAGUGUUUUGAUUGGCCUGGUUGAAUGGAAUCACUGAGGCAUGUUUAAGGAUAAGAAUAAAAUAAAUGUUGAAAACUGGCCCAGAACAAUUUCAUUAGUUUGUUUUUUUAUUGUAAUUAAGCAACGUAUGAAAUAGACAUUUGGUAUUUCCUUUCUGCCGUUUCUAACUUUGAAU